AUGCUACCAGCGGGUGAUAAUGCAGAAGCGAUACCAACAAAUGAAGGGAAGCUUGUGAGUAUAUUAAAUUCUGUAUUGGAAGAACUCUAUAAUGUAGAAAAUACCAAAAAACGACCAGCUGAAGAGCCUUCUCCUGUUAUUAUACCUCCUCUCAACCUUCACAAUAUUACCCCCUCUCCAUUUUAUAACAGCAGGGAUAAUUAUGAUUACAGCGGAGAAUCAACCGAAGCAUCAACUGAGGCCUCUCUA